AUGGAAUCAAAGUACGACUUCGUAGUCGUGGGCGGCGGUCCAGCCGGCAGCGCCGUCGCCGCAGGUCUCGCAGCCGCCGCCAAGAAGCCCACCGUGCUGCUCCUCGAGGCCGGAGGCCCGAACUCGGACCGGGAGAUGCUCGUCGACGGAAAGCGCUGGGUGACGCUGCAGCAGGAGAGCAUGAACUGGAGCUACAAGACGACACCCCAGGAGCACUGCGCGAACCGGGAGCUGGACUACUCGCGGGGCCUCGGGCUCGGGGGAUCCAGCGCCAUCAACUUCGGCGUCUUUACGCGCGGCGCGAGGGACGACUACGAGGAGUGGGCGCGGAUCGUCGGCGAUGACAAUUUCAGGUGGGAGCCGAUUUGGGCCCGGUUCAAGCGGCUCGAGACCUUCCAUGGGGAGCUGCCGCCGACCAUCGAUAAGAAGUAUGCCGCGCCCAAGGCAGAGGACCAUGGCAGCGCUGGGCCGCUUCACGUGGGAUAUGCGGCCGAGUGGGAGACGGAUCUGCCGCCGUUGAUGGACCUGUUCGAGGAAGCUGGAUUCUCUGUGAACCCGGACCAUAACUCGGGAAAUCCACUGGGUAUGUCCAUCCUGAUCAACUCGAGUUCCAAGGGCCUCCGUUCCACGGCGAAAGACUUGUUGACCCCUAUCCCUGAGAACCUGACCAUCAUAACCGACUCGCCCGUACAGCGCGUCAUCCUUGAAGGCAAAAAGGCUAUCGGCGUCGAAUCGAAUGGCAAUAAAUACACACCCGCCAUCGGGCAAGGCCUCCGCGACCACAUGUUCAGCCCCCUAGUCUACACGCGGGCCGAAGGCAGCACGGCCCGCGGCACCUUCUACGGCUCGCAGGCCGCCAUGGACAUCGCGCUCGCGCAAUGGCGCGCCGACGGCACGGGCCCCUGGUCGAAGUUCGCCUGCGAGCUCGGCAUCGGCUUCUUCAAGCUCGCUUCCCUAGCCGAGACGCCCGAGUUCCGGGCCCUGCCCGCCGCGGAGAGGGCCUACCUCGAGGCGCCCACGGUGCCGCACUACGAGAUCCUGACGCACUUCCCAAUGCACUGGUUCCUGCCAGGCGGCGAGGAACUCAGCGCCGCAGACCUCAACUCAUCGUGCCUGCUGGUGUUCUACUACAACGCGCAGGCGCGCGGCGAGGUGACGCUGCAGUCGGCGGACCCGGCCACACCACUACGUUUCGACCCGCGGUUCCUGUCCACGGCGUUCGACCGCCGUGUCGCCAUCGACGCCAUGCGCGAAGCGCUACAAUUCGCGCGCCGCGAGGCCUACGCCCGAGACAGCGUCGCGCUUCUCGCGGGUCCGGGGGGCGACUCGGACCACGAGAUCCUGGACUACUGGCGGCGAACGAUCGCGUCGAGCUGGCACAUGACGGGCACGGUCAAGAUGGGCCGGCCAGGUGACGAGGACGCGGCCGUCGAUUCCGCGUUUCGGGUGACGGGCUUCGAGGGCUUGCGCGUGGCGGAUAUGAGUGUCGUGCCCGUGCUGGCGAGCUGCCAUGUCCAGGCUGUGGCGUACGUGACGGGCAUGACGUGUGCGGAGAAGCUGGUGAGGGAGUAUGGGCUUGCGUAG